GCCGCUGUCUCGGGUGCCGCCAUGUUGGUGAGGAGAAAUCACCGUUACGGCCACUGUCCAAAUCCCCGCGUCGCUGCACGCCGCCUGCCCGCCCGCUCCCAAGCCUCAGCCACCGGCGGCGAAUAGAGACUAAAGCGGCAGCGCCGGCAGCGCGGGGCCGUUGCCCAGUGUUUGCAGUUAGAGCCCCAUCUCUCUGGCGUGGUUGUUAAUAGACUGGAAAGUCUGUGUCUGUGUCGCUCACUAGUAACCGUGAGUUUUUACCACUUCGUCACCUCUCGGCGGUGGCCGGGAGCAGGUACCCGCACGCGGGGCAGGGGUCCACCCCGCGCCCCGCUGCCGCCGGCCUCGCAGACCUGCCCUCCAGCCCCGCCCCGUUCUUGACCAAACAUGACAGACUCUGAACAUGCAGGGCACGACAGAGAAGAUGGUGAAUUAGAAGAUGGUGAAAUAGAAGAUGCAGGAUUUGAAGAAACACAUGAACAGGAAGCAAAAGAGGAUGAAAAGCAGAAAAAUGAAAAAGCCUACAGAAAAUCAAGAAAAAAACACAAGAAAGAAAGAGAGAAGAAAAAAUCCAAGAGAAGAAAACGUGAGAAACACAAGCAUAAUUCUCCAUCUAGUGGUGAUAGUUCAGACUACAGCCUUGAUUCAGAGGUCGAACAAAGAGAAAGUUCCCACAAAAAAAGGACUGGUUUCUACAGGGAUUAUGACAUUCCAUUUCCUCAGCAUGGACAUAUAUCAGGAAGCUAUAUGACAUCAAAGAAGAGUCAACAUAACAAAAAAUAUAAGAGUAAAGAAUACGAUGAGUAUAGUACCUACAGUGAUGACAACUUUGGUAACUACAGUGAUGACAACUUUGGUAACUAUACUCAGGAAACAGAGGAAGACUUUUCUAGUCACCUGAAACAAUACAGACAAGCAAAAGAAACCUCAAGUACUGCUUUAGGAUCAUCAUAUUCUAAAGAACCAGGGAAAAAACGAAUGAAAGUUCAACUAGGUAUUGAACAGAGGGUUAAAAGUUUUAAUGUUGGCCGUGGACGUUGUUUGCCGAAGAAAAUCAAACGUAAAGACCGUGGAGGAAGAACCAAUAAAGGGCCUAAUGUUUAUUCAGGAGUGGAUGAUUUCCAAGAGUAUAGUAAACCAGGGAAAAAAUGGAAAGUUAUGACUCAGGAAUUUAUUAAUCAGCACACAGUGGAACACAAAGGAAAACAGAUCUGUAAAUACUUUCUGGAAGGGAGAUGUAUUAAGGGAGAUCAGUGUAAAUUUGAUCAUGAUGCAGAGCUGGAAAAGAGGAAAGAGAUCUGCAAAUUUUAUUUACAAGGAUAUUGUACCAAAGGAGAGAACUGCAUUUAUAUGCAUAAUGAAUUUCCAUGCAAGUUCUACCAUAGUGGAGCAAAAUGUUACCAAGGAGACAACUGUAAAUUUUCACAUGAUGAUCUGACUAAAGAAACAAGGAAACUUCUGGACAAAGUAUUGAAUACUGAUGAAGACCCCACAAAUGAAGAUGAACGGGAGUUAGAAGAACUUAGAAGGCGUGGCAUAACUCCUCUCCCCAAACCACCUCCAGGAGUUGGACUUCUGCCAACACCCCCAGAGCACUUUCCCUUUUCUGAUCAUGAAGAUGAUUUUCAGACAGAUCUUUCUGAUGAUUUCAGGAAAAUUCCAUCUCUUUUUGAAAUAGUCGUAAAACCUACUGUGGAUUUAGCACAUAAGAUUGGGAAAAAGCCACCAGCAUUUUAUAAUAGUGCCUCACCACCAGGACCACAAUUUCAGGAAAGCAGCCCACAUCCUCAACAUAUCUAUAGUUCUGGAUCAAGCCCAGGUCCUGGAUCUAAUAUGACUCAGGGACAAAAUAGUCCUGUGAUGCACCCAGGUUCCCCCGGACCUCAUCCUGGUUUACCAAUGCCACAUAGCCCACCUUUGCCACCUGGUCCACCUGGAAUUGUAGGCCCUCCCAGUCAAGCUGGAGUACUUAUUCAAGAUACACCUUUGACACCACAAAGUAUGAGUGGUGCUUACCAUUGCCUCGGCUUUGCAGAACAUAUGAUGAAAGUACCUAGAGAGAAUCACUGUUCUCCUGGUUUAUCACAUCUGCAAAGUCCUAGUGAGAUGCAACUCAACAUCAAUUAUGAGCCCCUCCAAAACCCAGCUGAGUUUUAUGAUAAUUACUAUUCACAGCAUGCUGUACAUAAUUUUCAGUCACCCAAUAACUCCAGUGAUGGGAUGUGGCAUGAUGAAUUUGCCCAGCAUCAGCCUUCCAUUAUUCAAGACUCACUUAACCACGGGAGUGGAUCUGAUGGCAGCAACAUGACAGCUCAUGGCCCUGUUCCUACACAAAGUCUCCUUCCUGCGAUGCAGAGAGCUCUUUUUGUCAGAUUUAGUCGGAAAUACCAAGAAGAUGAAGAACCAAGCAGCACCCAGCCUCCAAGGGCAUCAAACAAGGAAGAAGAUGAUACCGUUAACUGGUAUUCCAGUAGUGAAGAAGAAGAAGGAAGCAGUGUCAAGUCAAUACUGAAAACAUUACAGAAACAAACGGAAACUUUAAGAAAUCAGCAACAGGCUUCCACAGAGCCCAGUACCCCUACAGAUCCAAGACUUGCUAAAGAGAAAAGUAAAGGAAACCAAGUUGUUGACCCUAGACUUAGGACUAUCCCAAGGCAAGACAUUAGGAAAUCUUCUGAGUCUGCUCCACUGGACCUUAGGCUUGUGUGGGAUCCAAGGAAAUUAAGAGGGAAUGGAAGCAGUCAUGUAGGCUCUGGUGGAGCAAAACUUGAUUUACAUCAUGCAAAUGCUGGCACAAAACACAAAAGAGGAGAUGAUGAUGAUGAAGAUACAGAAAGAGAACUGAGAGAAAAGGCUUUCUUAAUACCUUUGGAUUCUUCCCCUGGUGUAGUGCUCCAAGAUCCAAGGUCACAACUGCGACAGUUCAGUCACAUUAAAAUGGAUAUUAUCCUAACUAAACCUAACUUUGCAAAACACAUCGUAUGGGCUCCAGAAGACUUACUUCCAGUUCCUUUACCUAAACCUGAUCCAGUAUCUUCAAUCAAUUUACCUCUGCCCCCUCUUAUAGCUGACCAGAGACUCAGUAGGUUAUGGAAUACAAAAAAUGAUCAUCAAAAUACAGCAUCCACUGAUUCAAAAUUAGCAGCCAAAACCAAAAUUAACACAACAAACAGAGAAGGCUACCUAGAACAACUUGGAGACUCCCAUAGUUCAGGAAAUAAAUUAGGAGAUCCUAGACUGCAAAAAAACUUUGAUCCUAGACUUCACAGACACAAUACAGAGUCUCAUCAAGCCCUUCUGAAAGAGUCACAUACACCAAAGGGUGCCCCUCAUCUAGCCAGAUCAAAUCCUGUCUCAUCGCAACCUUCAAGGGCAGUAGUUAGCAAUUCUGGUCCUGGGGCUUUGCCUCCAUAUGCCCCUAAACUCUCAUCUUCAGCUGGCCUUCCACUGGGAGCUACAAGUUCAGUUCUUAGUGGUAUUAGUCUGUAUGACCCUAGGGAACAGGGUUCCUCAUCUACAUCAGAGCUAGCAACAGAAAAUGCAGAGAACCAGAAAAAAUGUGGUAGUUUAAAAAGUAGUGAUAAAAAUGAGCCUUCUCCUGCAGAAGCAGUCCUACCACAGAAAACCACCCCAAAUGUGGAUGUCUCUGUUGACGGGCCAGCUGACCCACCGGUGGAUAGUAUCAAGGGUCCUAGCUUAAUUCAGGUUCCAGCAGUACACAGUCUUCCUAUUCAGGCAUUAACAGGCUUAAUUAGGCCACAGUACAGUGAUCCAAGACAGGCAAGACAGCCAGGACAGGUGAGCCCCAGUACCGAUAAUGAUCCCACUAAAGAAACAGAUGACAAAUCUCUGAAAGAGGUUUUUAAAACUUUUGAUCCAACUGCUUCACCAUUUUGUUAGCUAUUGUGUAUUUAAGCAAUUCUUUUCACUCUUGUGACUGUUGCAGUCCUCUGCUGUUUUGUAACUGGUUUACCUCUUAUAGUUUAUUUAUUUUUAAAUUAUAAACACUUUUCAGCUGCUAGUAUCAGAACCACAUGAAGUUAUAUCCUCUAAAGCCUGUGGUAUUUUAUAUAAUAUUUUUAUAACUUUAAGAGACUGUAGUAAUUGACAUAGAAACCUAUAUAUCAUGUUAGCUUCAGUAAAAGUACUUUUAUUGUAAAUAAACCAUCAUGAACUCAGCACUCUGCUUGAAUAUAUGCCAGUUAGUUGUCUUUCAUAAUCAAUGUUUAGAUAAAUGAUUGCCAUUUUUAUAUGAUUGUUAGUUUCAAGCAAUAUGAUGUAUAUUACUUUUGAGAAACAGUAUUUUGACUAGGAUUCUCUCUCUUUGUCAACACAGAACUGAUUAAUAUGUAAUGCUCAUUGCUAACUAAAAUGUAAAAUGAAGUAAAGAAAACAUUUUUAAAAUCACAAUUAGCAGAGCAGUUCACAUUUAUGACAUCACUUUUAUUAGUAUUGGCAAUAUUACUUGUGUAAAGGAGGCAUUUGAAUGUCAUUUCUUUGAAGUAUUUUAUUAUCUGUUGUAUCUUAAAAGUUGGAGAUAGAUGGUUUUGCUGAAGUAAAAGAUCCCUUAAUUCUCUAACAAUUUUAAAUUUUAAUUUUUCAUAUUAAAUACUUAUGAGUUCCUACUGUUACAUUGUGAUGUUUAUUCAUUUCUGUUUUUUGUCUUUAGCGUCAUCAUGUAUUUCUUUUUCAAAUGAUGUUGCUGCAAUAAUUGUAUACAUCAUGACUUUGCAAUUUUUAACCAAAUUUUUAAAAGAUCCAGUGAGAGUCUAUAGUGAUAAUUGCAUUGAUAAUGUUUUGAUGUCCAGAUCCUAUAAUUCUUAAAUAGCAAGUAAACACAGAGAUUAAAAAUACAGUUAACUGUAUAUGGCUACCAAUAAAGAAUCUCUUCCAGAUCUCACCUGACUGACAUUCAAUAACAGAGGAGACUGUCUGAUGUUUAAGUAUUUAAUGUCCUCUCAGUGAAAUCACCUAAUCUGAUUAGAAAUUGCAUUUUUAUGAAAAAUAAUUUAUACUCAUUCUCAUGUACAUGGCAUAAAUAGUGGCAUAAAUAGUAGCAGCCUUAUUUGUUGAAUAUAUAUUAGUUGUAAUCAAAACUAAGUAUUCUACUAACAUUCAUGUCUUGCACUGUAGGUGUAUGAUAGUGUUUACUGAUAACACUGACAAUUAGUAAGUUGAAAAGGAGCAUUUCAUCAUAAAAGGUGGUGAGAGUAGAGAAAAAUCAUUCCUUGUAUAAAACAACCCUUGAGAAGUGAUCGUAAAGAUGAAAUAUCUCUAUGGGAACCUAACAGAUAGCAUAUGGUUUAAUAUUAAUGUAUAUCCUCCCUAUUCUUUUUACAUUUUUUUACUCUGACUUCAUCUAAAAUGGGAUUGUGGUUAAGUCUACAAAUUCUGCCUACUUAAGUUAAUUGUGUUCUAAGUAGAAGGGAGGGAAUAAAUGCCUACUGUUUAUAUUUUGAUUAUAAUACUGCCUUUGGUUAUAAUACAGCCUAACAUGGCUCUGGAGAACAGUUUUUAGUAAAAUUAAAAGAAAAAUACAGCUUGAGGCUAACAUAGUAAAUAUUUUUUGAUUUACUGUCCAAAUGAACUUUAGUACUAAUUGAAAAGUCAACAAAAUGGAUAAAGCUGACACAAAGAAUACACACACACAUUUGACUAAUUAAAGUAGCAAAGUGGACUCUAGCUUUUUAACAGAAGAUCUUUUUACAACUAAAAAAGAAGUUAAAAUAUUAAGAGGGAAGUUUAAAAUUUUUAAUGCAGUUAGGUAGUGUUCAUUUAUUUAGUGUU